UUAAGUUUCAUUAUUUUGAUGAUAGGAGGUGAGUUCUACUUGAGUGCUCGUUAUUGCAAAGUGGCCCCUACGCUUAGGUAUUCAAGGAAUUAAGGAUGCUACCUUCUAAGUUCACCAGUUUAGGAUACUUAGAGAAGAUGGAUAAUGAGACUCCUCGCACGUAUGUUCAGAAGAUCGUGUUUGCUUGUGACUAUUUGGCUUCAACCAAGAAUAUGCCCCACCUUAGGCACAAAGAUAUGAUGGCUAGUAUGAUUAUACAUUGUUUACCCCAUAAGAACCCCUACAUAGACCUAAAGAAUAGGUUCAGUGACAUGCAUUAUAGUGAUGGUACCCCUAAUCGGUACAAAUAUGGGACUAGUGAUGGUAGGUGGAAGUAUGAUGCUGAGGUUCUUGCUACUAUCCUAGAGGUUGCAGAAAUUAGCUAUGAGGAUGGGAAGUAUUCUGCGGGUCUAGGUAUGGGCUAUGGAGGAAUAGAAAGUGAUGGUGAGGGUGAUAUGAUCCAUGAUGAGCAAGCUAGUGAUGUUGAGGAGGAUAGUGAUGAUGAUGUGGUAGAGAUUGAGAAUCCUAACCCUAUAGUUCCUGAACCAACCAUUGAGAUAUCCAGUGGAUCUGAAGAUGAGCUUGAAGAGAAUAAUGUGGUUGAUAGUGAGCCACAGCAAAAUAAUGAGGCUAUGGAUGAAGACUCGGAUCCGGAAGAAGACUUGGAUGAUCCUAAUGAUCGAGACUUUACUCCAGAGCAAUACAAGGAAAGAAAUGAUCGUCGUGAUGACGUUAGUCUCUAGAGAAAUGUAAUCCUUAGUUUUAUUUCUUUUUCUUUUCGUUGAAGUAAUAAAGUGGCAAAGCUACUAUUUAUGGUUAUAGUUAUUAUAGUUGGAGAAUAAAUGUUAUGGCAUUAGUGGAUGUAAGACUUAUUCAUUGGAGUUUUAAUAAAAGAAUAGA